AUGUCCUCCGAACCCCCGCUAUCUUCGACCGAUCCAUCGUCGCAAUCUCUCGCGUCUACUACAAGCGACUCUGAUACUAUCUACUUCUCCCUAAGCUCAUACCCUUUCGACGACGAUCCUGAAUAUCUCGCCGGCCUCUCCUCCAUCCUUGGACACCCCUCCAUCCCACCAAACACAGCAGAACUUACCUCCAAUCCCGAUCUCAUCCUGCAAGCACGCUGCUUCUACUUUGCAAGGAAACACAACCUCUCGCCCAUUGAUCCGGCCGCAUACAGCAAAUGGCUCGCCGAAAACUCGUCUGCCAGAACUACAACUGCUCCGUCUGGCACAUCGCAACCAGGCGGCACAGCCCCCGCUGGCGCGCCACCGGCACCUACAUUGCCAUUCACCGCAAAUGAAGUCGCUCCCAACGGAUCAGAAGUCUCUGAGCAGCCGCCCUAUCCGACAUCCUUCGCCGAGAUUGUGGACCUCAUAACUCGAAACGUCCCUGUACCAGGGAUUGAAGAGAUUCCGAACACUGUACUGGAGCAUGGCUCAAGCAAGGUGGAUCACACGCCUAGACGGCGCAAACCGUGGGAGAAGGAUGGCGAAACGACCGCUUCAACGAUCAGUGACACUGACGUGACUGGCGGGCCAGUGACAGGAGGCGCGGAAGGAGCUGGGCCUGACAGUGAAAUCAGCGGGGAGGGAACGGAGCAGAACGCCGACGACGCAAAAGUCAAUGGCCAUCUGGAGACCGGUGAAGGGGUAGUCAAGAUCCUGCAGGCCAACGCGAUUCCGGAUAGCGGACUACUGGCUAAGGACUGA